UGAAGAAGAUCCGGAAUUUGAGGUGUUGUUCGCCAGUCCGGCCUCCAAACCAAUGACUGUAUUUAUGCACCCAACCCACACGGUUUUCUUCCAGUGACAAUCGAAACGGUUGAAAGAGUGCAAAAUGUCUCAGGCUGAAAAAAUUAAGCAGGGUCAGUUCACCAACCCAGAGACCCCGGGGUAUGUGGGCUUUGCCAACCUGCCCAACCAGGUGCACCGCAAGUCGGUCAAAAAGGGCUUUGAGUUCACCCUCAUGGUAGUUGGUGAGUCUGGCCUGGGGAAGUCCACCCUCAUCAACAGUCUGUUCCUUACGGAUCUCUACCCAGAGAGAGUGAUCCCCGGAGCAGCAGAGAAGAUUGAGCGCACGGUUCAGAUCGAGGCAUCUACGGUUGAGAUCGAGGAGAGAGGGGUGAAGCUCCGCCUCACUGUGGUGGACACACCCGGAUACGGCGACGCCAUCAACAGCCAGGACUGUUUCAGCACCAUCAUCGCCUACAUCGACGACCAGUUUGAGCGCUACCUCCACGACGAGAGCGGUCUGAACCGACGGCACAUCGUGGACAACCGCGUCCACUGCUGCUUCUACUUCAUCUCCCCGUUAGGCCAUGGGCUGAAGCCUCUGGAUGUACAGUUCAUGAAGGCCAUCCACAACAAAGUCAACGUGGUCCCUGUCAUCGCCAAGGCCGACACACUCACCCUGAGAGAGAGGGAGAGGCUCAAGCGCAGGAUUCUGGAUGAGAUUGAUGAGCACGGCAUCAAGAUAUACCACCUCCCCGACGCGGAGUCUGACGAGGACGAGGACUUCAAGGAGCAGACAAGGAUUCUCAAAGCCAGUAUUCCCUUUGCGGUGGUUGGCUCCAACCAGCAGAUCGAGGCCAAGGGGAAGAAGGUGCGGGGUCGCCUGUAUCCCUGGGGCGUGGUGGAGGUGGAGAACCCCGAGCACAACGACUUCCUCAAGCUACGCACCAUGCUCAUCACCCACAUGCAGGACCUGCAGGAGGUGACCCAGGACCUACACUACGAGAAUUUCCGUUCGGAGCGCCUCAAACGAGGCGGAAGGAAGGGACCGGAGCCGGAGGAAAUGGACAAGGACAUGAUCCUGCAGGAGAAGGAGGCUGAGCUGAGGAGAAUGCAGGAGAUGAUUACCAAGAUGCAGGCCCAGAUGCAGAUUAAGCCUGAUGGAGCGGGAGACGGCCAGCAUGUGUGACACUCACCACGGUUUUCAAGCUGUCUUUUGAGCUUGACCAGAGAUAGAUGGAGGGAUUGCAGAAGAGAAGGGCGUGAAAACAAGAGCAAGAUAACUGGGCCUUGUCUCAUACUGCUUCCCACUAUAUUUUGUUUAUUUCAGUCCUACUUGGGAUCAUUUUGAAUUCUUUAUUUUUUGUUUUUGUAUCUAAGCAGUAUUACAUUUUUAUAUUUACACACAUUUUCUUUCUAAUAUUCCAUAUUGCUCAUUAUUCAUUUGUUUCAUUCUAUUGGACUGGACCAUGCCAGUUAGUCACCAAAUGAAGAAUAACUCUUUUAACCAGGGAAAUGUUUUUAUUAUAGAACCAUUGUUCUUUAUUACAUUUUUUUGCUGUUGAGAAAGCCAAAAGCUGCUGCUGCUCCUCAGUACUGUCUUUGCACUCUGCCUCUGCUAAAACCACUCAUGAACGGUCGAUCGUGUUACUUACUGUGGCUCCGCGUUACGAGUGGGAAAGGCCAACUUACUGUGAAAGUUAGCAGCGCUCUUCUCUUUCGUGGAGCCGUACAGCUAAAACUGUAAUAAUUUUCUUUCUCUAGUGGUUGUCAUGCCAAUGUUAAAAUAUCUUUAAACGAUAGUCUUUGAAAAGCAGCAUAAAGAUGUUUCCUUAUUGCUAGGAUUCGUUGACCGUGUUCUCUUUCUCCUACUCCCUCGCAUGCAGCUCUUAACCCAGUCUAAAGUGUCGUUGUGUUGAAACGACUGGUUGUGACUGAAAUACAUGACACUGUGACCUUCCCAGUCAUCCUGUAGCCCUGAACCAAUGAAGGAGACAUACCUUGGUGUUUACUGCAUGUGCCUCUAUGAAUACUGGGCCUGUAAAGUGUCUCCGAGUAGGAGGGGCAAUCUAGGAUCAGUUCAGCCUUUUAGAUCAUAAUGAAUAUGGUUAUAUAGACGGGGGACCCCAAUCCCAGAUCAGCACUCCUACUCGGAGACGCUUUAUGACAGCCCCCAGGUUUUAACAUAUUGCAAAGUGAAUUGAUGUUUUAGGCAAAAGUCCUAGCGAACCAAAAGUAAAUUGAAUUACUGUGAUGUUCGGACCAGGCUUAUGCAUCGAAAAUGACUUUGCUUUUCCUCGUGGCCCCCAGUAAUAUUGAUGAUUGUUGAAUUAAGUGCGUCCAGAGUGAUGUGGAGUUCGUGCUGUAAAGCCCAUGCUGUACAUGGUGUAAUAUGAUAUCCAUAUCCUUCUAUUCUUUAUGGCUGAGUGUCAAUGGGUUAAGACUGAAAAGUGACUGACGUAUGGAUGUUGGACAGGCCCAGUUAGUUGCUAUGACCGCUUGCCUGGUCAUUGUGAUGACCUGGUUCGAUUGUGUCACUAUCCUAUGCAAGCCAAGUCAGAGUUAUUAACAUUCCAGUUUCUGCUGUUUUAUCCAAUGACUCUCAAAUAAAACCCUUGACGUAUGCUAUCUUGUAAUAAAGUUUAUAUUAAAGCUA